AUGGCCUCUCGCAUCGCCGCCACCGCAAAGCACCUUGUCCGCACCAUGUCCACCACCACCGCCCCCGCCAAGUUUGAGUUUCUCGUCAUCGUGCCCGACAAGCCCGGCACGUUGCAGAAGCGCCUCGAAGUUCGCGCCGCGCAUCUAUCCGCCGCCAAGGCCCAAGUUGAGAAUGGCACCUACACCAUGGGAGGCGCUGUGCUCAACAGCGUCCCCGAGGGUGCCGACCCAUCCAAGUUCGACUUUCACGGCAGCUCUUUGGUCGCGGUGGCCGAGUCCAAGGAGGCCGUGCUCGAGCAGCUCAAGAACGACGUCUACGUGACCAGCGGUGUCUGGGACCUCGAAAAGGCCCAAGUCUUUCCCUUUCUCUGCGCCUUCCGCACCGCCAAAUAA